UUCUCAGAUUACAUUUGUGCAUCGUGGUCGCUGGUACCCAGACUUGAAGCGAGAUGAAGGAGAGGAAAGUGGACGCGUAGCUCUCGGGACAACACUGAGCGGAGGGGGGAUAAAUCGUGGAACUCACAUGAACAGCCAUGGCUGUCCUCAUCGGCACUUUGAUGAUUCUAACUAAAGUGCUCCUUCAUGUCAGAUGGGCACUUUGCAUGGAGGAGGAUUUCUGCCGACCGGAUCUAGUAGAGCAGAAGACGCAUCAGCACACGGAUGAAAUCCUCGUUAGACUUCAUGCGUUCGAGCAGGACUUCCACCUGAAACUCGCUCCGGACUCCAGCUUCCUCACCCACCGAGUCGGGCAACCCAGGAGCAGCUUCUCCAACAUUUCUGACCUCAAGGAUUGUUUCUACUCUGGUGACGUAAACUCAGAUCCGCGCUCCUUCGCUGCUUUCAGUCUGUGUAAGGGAAUCAACGGAGGAUUCUCCUUCAACGACAUGGAGUACUUCAUAAGUCCAGGAGGGGAUGAUGAACGUGGACACGCGCUCCACAGAAGGCACGUCAUCCGACGCCGGAGACGCGCGGCUCAGACCAGUCGUGACAGCCGCAGCAGAUGCGGAGUCGCGCCGUCUGCAUACAAUAUUUCCUUGGAGAAGUACAAGUACAUGAGUGAAGAAGGCAUCUCGGAAACUGUGCUGGAAACUCUGGGAAGGUCCAAACGUUUCGCUUCCAUACCCAGGUUUGUGGAGGUGCUGGUAGUGGCGGAUGAGUCCAUGUCCACAUUUCAUGGGGACGAUCUGAAACACUACCUCCUCACCCUGAUGUCUGUGGCGGCCAGGUUGUACAAGCACCCCAGCAUCCUCAACUCAAUUAACAUCGUGGUGGUUGGCUUCAUGGUGAUAAACGAGGCCGACAAGGCACCCAAAGUUUCCAGUAACGCUGCUCUGACUCUACGAAACUUCUGCUCUUGGCAAAAGAAGCUGAACAAGCACAAUGACAAACAUCCAGAGUACUGGGACACCGCCAUUCUCUUCACCAAGCAGGAUCUUUGCGGCGCCACAACCUGUGACACACUUGGAAUGGCAGACGUUGGAACCAUGUGUGACCCUAAAAGGAGCUGCUCUGUCAUUGAGGAUGACGGUUUACCCUCAGCCUUCACCACUGCCCAUGAACUUGGCCACGUCUUCAACAUGCCCCACGACAAUGUGAAGGCAUGUGAGGAGGUAUUUGGGAAACUGAAGGACAACCAUAUGAUGUCUCCCACACUGAUUCAGAUUGACAGGAGUCGGCCCUGGUCUGUGUGCAGUGCUGCCAUCAUUACUGAGUUUUUGGACAGAGGUCAUGGUGACUGCCUCCUCGACCAGCCACACAGACAACUUUCCCUGCCGGACAAUUUGCCAGGCGCCAGCUACAGCCUGCACCGUCAGUGUGAGCUGGCCUUUAGUCACGGGUCCAAGCCUUGCCCCUACAUGCAGCCCUGCUCCAAGCUGUGGUGCACUGGGAAGACCCGUGGACAGCUGGUCUGUCAGACGCGGCACUUUCCUUGGGCCGAUGGGACAAGCUGUGGCUCUGGUAAGGUCUGCUACCAAGGUUCCUGUGUAGACAAGGGCAGCAGCAGCAGCAAUGCUGAGGUGAAUGGGCAGUGGGGCAAAUGGGGUCCAUAUGGAGAUUGUUCUCGUAGCUGCGGCGGUGGAGUUCGGCUUGCACAGAGAAAGUGUGACAACCCCAUCCCUGAGAACGGAGGCAAAUACUGUACGGGUCUCCGGGUUAAAUAUCAAUCCUGCAACCUAAACCCCUGUCCUGAUUCAGGAAAGAGCUUCCGCGAAGAGCAGUGCGAGUCGUUCAAUGGCAUAAACCUGAACACCAACAGACUGGGUGCAUCUGUGGUCUGGGUUCCCAAAUAUUCCGGCAUCUCGCCAAAAGACAAAUGCAAGCUCAUCUGCCGAGCAAACGGCACUGGCUACUUCUAUGUCCUUGCUCCAAAGGUCAUCGAUGGGACCCCCUGCUCUCCAGACACCUCAGCUGUGUGUGUUCAGGGAAGGUGCAUCAAGGCAGGCUGUGAUGGGAAGCUUGACUCUAAAAAGAAGUUUGACAAGUGUGGUGUGUGUAGCGGCGACAACCAGGGCUGCAAGAAGGUCUCAGGAAUGUUCUCCAAGCCCAUUCACGGGUACAACUUUGUGGUGACGCUGCCAGUUGGCGCCUCCAACAUUGACAUCCGUCAGCGUGGCUAUCGAGGGAUGGUCAGUGACGAGAACUACUUGGCUGUGAAGAAUAAGCAUGGGCAGUACCUGUUGAAUGGCAACUACGUGGUGUCCGCAGCUGAGCGGGACCUGCUGGUGAAGGGGAGCCUCCUGCGUUACAGCGGCACCUCAACGUCUGUGGAAAUUCUCCAGGCCAUCAGAUCUCUGCAGGAGCCUCUGACGGUGGAAGUGCUGUCCGUUGGAAAGAUGACGCCACCAAGAGUGCGUUACUCUUACUACAUUACCAAAGAGAAUAAAGAAGUAAAGACUUCACGGAAAGAGGAAAGAGUCAACGCUGCAAACAGUGUUUUGUCUGACAAGAACAAAGUUGAAGCUAAGAGAAAGCUGAAGGAGAAGCAACCACUCAGUCACUGGACGACAGGGAGCUGGGAGACAUGCACAGUGAGCUGUGGCAGUGGCAUGCAGAAGAGACUUGUUCAGUGCCAGAAAGCCGACGGACGUUCAGCAGCUGACUGCAACAUUUCUGACAGGCCUGUUUCGUUAAGACCAUGUGGGGACCCAUGCCCCAUGUGGGAUGUAGGGUCCUGGUCUCAGUGCUCGAAGUCCUGUGGAAGGGGCUUCAAAAGGCGGCCUGUGCGCUGCAUAACGGACAAUGGUCUAAACCUUCCAAGAGAUCGCUGUUCGGGAAGGAGAAAGCCUCAGGAAUUGGACCUUUGCAAUCUAAGAUCCUGUUAGAGCUGUGCAGAAACUGUAUUGAAUCAUUUCUAGGUCAAAAGUGUUUGACUAGAGCAUGAGCAGAGCACGGUCAGAAUAUUGACUUUACGGCUUGUUAUUGGCUGGUGAUGAAGUCAUAAAGACUGACUGUGUGUGACAGCUGCCCUCUAAAAUGGAAGAAUCCCAAAGGAGUGUCUUGAAAACCACAAAACCGUCAGCAGCAGGCUGAAAUGUGUAUGGUCUACCUCUUUCUGGACAUCGCCUGUGCUUUUAAAAAGGACACAAAAGGAAAGGAUCUCGAGAAUGUAAGGGCGGGUCGAUGAUUUGGGGAAUGAGAUUCCUGAUCAGAAACAUUCCUAGCUUUCCAGGGCAUGGGACUUUUCCCUGUCGUAUCAUUGAGGAAAUCGCUGAAAAUGUGAAGCACAUUAACAGUACUGCAAUAUUCAAAUGUGUUUUGCUUUAUGGCUGCUGCUGCUGAUGUCUUCUAGUCCAAAUUGGGUGUCUGUCAUGCAGCCAUUCUGAAUUCACCAGUCAGCUUUGCAAGGUUCUACUCUUAGAGAGAGGUCUUCAGGUAUCAUGUCUGCUCGAUGUCCGGGUUCUAGAGGUGGGGCUUGUUUAGAAAGCAAACGUUUGUUGCAUUUAUGUUUCCACAUUACCAAUGAGACUUCACAUUUCUCAGAGACUUGGAAUUGAUUUUCACAUAGUUUGUACUUCUGAAGCAGUUCGUUCAAAGGACAGAGGCAUCUAUUUAGUAUUCAUUUUUUGGAUAUAAUUUCCAAUAUCCAAUCAAAAAAGUUGAACAGAACAUUCCAGAGUCCUGUAAGAAAGUUAAUGCUAAGCUUGCGUCACCAUUAGCUAGCGCCAUCAGUUGCUCUGGCCAUUGGUUCUGGAUCAAACUGGACAGACUGGUGAUAAUCUGAAGAACAUAGUCGGCAACAACGCAGUUUGACAUUCCAUAUUAUCCUGUAGUACAUUACCUCUCUAAAAGAUUCGAACCUCACUGUUGUGAAUCAACAUGAGUGAUAGAUUAUACGUCCAAACAUACUGCUUUUUGAAAAAAACAAUGCUUGAAAGAUGAGUGAAGUUGAUGUGAACAUACUGUACCUUGUAGUAAUGGCAUCACCAAUGACAAGGGUUCACAGAGUAGACACCACGUUUGGUUAGGUACAGCAGAAGUGCUCUUCUUCACCUAUCAAUAGAACAACAAUAAUGACAAUGACUUUGAAGCAACACAACCAUAGAAUGAGUGUAACUGAACAUGAAGACUUUGACAAUCAACGUCUGUUUAUCAUUUCUAUUUCAUUUCUAUCAUGAAAUAAAUGAGGAUUUAUGAGGAAACAUUGUUCAUGUUGGUUCAACAUUAGCAAUAGCUUAGUAUAACUACGGUUACAAGCGCAUUACCAAAAGGGAAGCUGAAUCAGUACUUAAACAAAAGGUCCCAAGUUACGAUCCGUGAAGGACUCAGACUCCAGGAAGUGUUGCUGUACUCACCAACUUCAAUCAUAACUGUCUUUCUUCUGUCAUUACAUGUGCCAUCAUGUCACUAUUUUAUGCAGUACAGGCCAAAAGUUUGGACACAAUGCGUUUUCUUAGAAGGCCAAGGGUUUGCAGUGCUGUCAACAAAUACAAUGGCAGCUGCCUUGAGUCAUCUAAAAUAUAAAACAUAUUUACAAUUAUUCAACAUUUUUUUCCUUGCUACAUAAUUCCACAUAUCAUGCUACAUAUAUUUGAUAUCUUCAAUAUGUAUCUACAAUGUAGAAAGUAGUAAAAAUGAAGAAAAAAAAACACUGAGCGUGUCUAGACUUUUGUCCUGUAUACUGUAUAAUAUGUGCUCUAACUUUUAAGUCCAGAGGGAAAUAAUGGUAUCGUGAUUGACAGUUUGACUGUUUGAUUUCGCUCCAUAUGUUCAUUUUCUUGAGGCCAGAACAGAACAGAAACUAAUGGCCACAGGUCCAGAUUCAUUGACUGAUGUGUCUGAGGUCCAGCUUCACCUGACAGGAGGGCACCAUUGAUGGCAGUGUAUGUGUGCUUUUUAAAUGCAAGCAUUUGGCUUGACAUGUCUGUCUGCUAUCGUGCAAAGAGCAGCAUAUCCCUGGACUUGGAGCACAUUUGCAGAGUGAGGUUUCACUUCUCUCAUUGUCUAUCAUUGAAGUUGUCAAACCACAGUACAAGCCAAGAUGAGAUCAAGUGACAUUGUCUGAAGAAAAUAUACUAAGAUAAGAUGUAAAAUAUGCCAAAAGAGACAAUGUACAUCUUUAUGUUUUCUUCCUUUUCCGUCAUUUCGACACCACUUCAUCUCGUGCUUCCUCCUUCACAGUGCUGAACGUAGCCACUCUGGUGUGUCUGAAAAUUCAAGCCAGCUGUCAUCACAACAACCAAACAGAGAAGCGUUUGAAUCAUGUAUUAAUAUCCAUUUUCUUUUCCCCAUUUCCACCUAUCUAUAUAUAUAGCCUUAUGAAUCUAUACCCGCACCAGUAUGGUGCCUGCAGUCCUUGACAACAGUGAACCUAGCCAAGUGCCAAAACUGUGAAUGCUGUCAUGCCUAUAAUCUGAAAAUAUAUUUCUAAUCCAGAUGUAAAACAUCUGUCCAUUCUCCAGGUUCAGCGAAACCAAUGUAGAUUGUUUUUCACUUUCGCCAUGUACAUGUUGUUUGUCACGUGUAUUGUAUACUAUGUAUACAU